GGUGUUUGUGUGGAGUGAGAGAGAGAGGUUGAGCAAGAGAGAGAGAGAGAGAGAUGAAACGAGAAUAGAAGAAUCCAAGCUGACAGCUUCCCUAAUAGAGCAUGAGUAACUCGACUAGAGAAGCAGGGCUCUGUUGGACUGCAACAGAAUUUUCAGUUCGUCAUUUUCGUGUGCAUGGUUAAGAUAUAGCUUGGUUUCUUUUCUUGUUUGUUUUGCUUUUAUAUAUAAGUAUCAGAAAAGAAUCCCUCGGAAUGGACCGGCGAACGAACUUCAAUUAUUGGAUGCAAGUACUCUUUUUUUGCCUGUUUUUUACUGCGUCGUCUGGAAAGGUCCGUUACGUCCUUCCGGAAGAGAUGCAGACAGGUUCUAUAGUUGGAAACGUUGCACGGGAUCUGCGUCUGGAAGUGAGGGAGCUCCGUGCUCGUCGCGCCCGCGUCGUCGCAGACGGGAUCAGUCAGCUUUGUGAACUGGACCUGACAUCGGGCAAUCUUUUGAUCAGCCAACGGAUUGACAGAGAGGAGCUCUGCGCACAAGACAGUGGGUGCACCAUACAGCAUCAGAUUUUACUGGAGGACCCCCUGCAAGCAUAUGGUCUUCUUUUAGACAUCACGGACAUUAAUGACAACACUCCAGUAUUUGCUGCAGGGGAGAUAAACCUUGAUUUAGUCGAGUCUACAGUCCUGGGGAGACGUUUUCCACUGGAGAGCGCACAUGACCCUGAUCUGGGGACAAACUCUGUUAAUCAAUACAAACUGAGCCCAAAUGAUCAUUUUGGUCUGGAAAUAGACACCCAAAUAAAUGGCAACGCAUAUCCGGAACUUGUUCUUAAAAAGGCGUUGGAUCGGGAGACACAAGCAGAACAUGUACUGAACAUCAAUGGCAUUGACGGAGGGAAUCCAGCCAGAACUGGGACUGCUUCUAUCCGCAUCCGUGUUCUGGACACCAAUGACAAUGUCCCAGUUUUUAGCCAGCGGGUUUACAGAGCAUCGGUACCAGAAAACUCUGUCACGGGGACUAUAAUAGCACAACUGAAUGCCACAGACUUGGACGAAGGUCUAUAUGGAGAGAUAACAUACUCUUUCAGUCACCUGUCAGACAAGACCAGAGGAGUUGUUCACAUUGACCCUCUGAGUGGUGAAGUCCGGGUAGCAGGUGUCUUUGACUAUGAGGAGGCGAGUACGCACGAGUUGGAUGUCCAGGCCAAAGAUGGGGGUGGCCAGGCCUCCCAUUGUAAACUUGUAAUCGAUGUCACUGAUAUCAACGACAACAAACCUGUGAUUGAAAUAAAGUCGGCAUCUGCUAAUGUGGCCGAAGACUCGAAACCUGGAACAAUGGUGGCCCUGAUCAACAUUUAUGACUUGGACACAGGGAACAGUGGAGAUGUUACAUGUUCCAUUCCUGACAAUGUCCCAUUUCAAAUAGUAUCAGAAGUGAAAAACUACUACAUGUUAUUGACAUAUGGAACACUAGACCGAGAGCUUCAGUCAGAGUAUAACAUCACUGUUACAGCCACUGAUUCGGGUUCUCCCUCUCUACAGGGUAUUAAAGUUUUAACUAUCGUAGUUAUUGACGUAAAUGACAACCCUCCAAAUUUUACACAGAGCGAGUACAUUGCCAAUCUCUUUGAAAACCAACCUGUAGGUGCGUUUGUUAUGAAAGUUACAGCACAGGACAGGGAUGACGCAUCUAAUGCCAAAUUACUCUACCAAAUUUCGAAAGAUACAGAUUCAGACGUUUCCUCCUUCCUCACCAUUAACAUAGAAACGGGGGAGCUUUUUACGUCGCGGCUCUUUGAUUACGAGCACUCUGCUUACUUCCAAAUCAAGGUAGAGGUGCGGGAUGGGGGCGACCCCCAACUCACUGCCACCUGCAUUGUCAAUGUUUUUAUCAAGGACCAGAACGAUAAUGCGCCAGUUGUUCUAUAUCCUGUGCAAGCCUUCAUUGUUGAAGACAUGGUGCCCCUUGAAGCACCAAGAGGCUACUUGGUGACCAAGGUGGUGGCUGUGGAUGCUGACUCCGGCCAUAAUGCAUGGCUGUCCUACAGAAUAAUCAAAGAAACUCAACCUAAUCUCUUUAUGGUGGGUUUACACACAGGCGAAAUCAGAACCGCGCGAUCCUUUUUGGAAAAUGAUGAACCGAAGCAAACAAUUGUUAUUGUGGUGACAGAUAACGGACAUGAUCCCCUUUCAGCCACGGCUACAGUUAGCAUUGCCAUUGGUGAGGGGUUGCCGGUUGUCCAAGAACUAUUUGAGCUAGUAGACGAAUCUCAGGGCAGCUAUAGUUUGAGGCUGUAUUUGGUCAUCGCCCUGUUAACCGUUUCCUCUCUCUUAAUCUUUUUAAUCAUCGCCGUGUGUUAUUUCAAGCUUUGUCGACGGGGUUAUGUAUAUCGUUCCACCACCACCAACCUCCCCGUUUUCCCCACGACUUACUACCCACCUAGUUUUACAGAUUUUAGCCACUGUGGGACGCUGCUGAAAGAUGACAGGUACGAUCCAUUUCUGACCACCGGCUCAUGGAGAGGAGACUUUCGCUUUGGUUCGAACACGGACACUGACACGCUGAAGAAAAGGAGCGCGGCUUAUCAAAAGAACACCCUCCGGCGCACCAGUGCAGAUAGAUCUACCUUAAAGAUUCGGGCAGGUCCCCCCCCUCCUUGUUACGUAAUCACUUGAAGUACUGCACAUUAAAAAGGUGUUUCCCUGUCAGGAACACUCACCAGGCCCUACACUGAGUAUACAUGUUUUGGUCAUAGACAUCUCUAUUUUGUGUUAUUCUUAUUUUAUUUGUUUUAAAUGCUUUGUUUUGUUAUUUUAAUUUUGCCAUACAACUCUUUAAUUUACGUACAAGGUUUUCCUGUGUUGUGGCCGGUGAUUGUCUGUUGUAAUCACAAACUGUAAAGAUUUAUGAAAUGACAUAAUGUGUUAAAAAAUUUAAAUAACAUGUGAAUUGUUGUUUUAUAUACAGUAUGCAUGAAAUGUUUGUCUUUACAAUGCCAUAGCAUAAAGUUGCAAUAUUGACCUCCAACUGAUGACAUAACCUACAGCAGGGGACACCAACCUUUUUGAAAGCAAGAGCUACUUCUUGGGUACUGAUUAAUGCGAAGGGCUACCAGUUUGAUACACACUUAAAUAAAUUGCCAGAAAUAGACAAUUUGCUCAAUUUACCUUUAACUCUAUGUUAUUAUUAAUAAUAAUGAUAUUUACACUUAAUUGAAUGGUUUAAAAGAGGAGAAAACACAAAAAAAUGACAAUUAAAUGUUGAAACAUAGUUUAUCUUCAAUUUCGACUCUUUAAAAUUCAAAAUUCAACCGAAAAAAAAGAAGAGAAAAACUAGCUAAUACGAAUCUUUUUGAAAAAAUUAAAAAAAGAAUUUAUGGAACAUCAUUAGUAAUUUUUCCUGAUUAAGAUUAAUUUUAGAAUUUUGAUGACAUGUUUUGAAUAGGUUAAAAUCCAAUCUACACUUUGUUAGAAUAUAUAACAAAUUGGACCAAGCUAUAUUUCUAACAAAGACAAAUCAUUAUUUCUUCUAGAUUUUCCAGAACAUUUUUUUUUAAAUAAAUUCAAAAGACUUUGAAAUAAGAUUUAAAUUUGAUUCUACAGAUUUUCUAGAUUUGCCAGAAUAUUUUUUUUGAAUUUUAAUCAUAAUAAGUUUGAAGAAAUAUUUCACAAAUAUUCUUCGUCGAAAAAACAGAAGCUAAAAUGAAGAAUUAAAUUAAAAUAUAUUUAUUAUUCUUUACAAUAAAAAAAAUAAAUGUACUUGAACAUUGAUUUAAAUUGUCAGGAAAGAAGAGGAAGGAAUCUAAAAGGUAAAAAGGUAUAUGUGUUUAAAAAUCCUAAAAUAAUUUUUAAGGUUGUAUUUUUUUCUCUAAAAUUGUCUUUCUGAAAGUUAUAAGAAGAAAAGUAAAAAAAUAAUGAAUUUAUUUAAACAAGUGAAGACCAAGUCUUUAAAAUAUUUUCUUGGAUUUUCAAAUUCUAUUUGAGUUUUGUCUCUCUUAGAAUUAAAAUUGUCGAGCAAAGCGAGACCAGCUUGCUAGUAAAUAAAUAAAAUUUAAAAAUAGAGGCAGCUCACUGGUAAGUGCUGCUAUUUGAGCUAUUUUUAGAACAGGCCAGCGGGCUACUCAUCUGGUCCUUACGGGCUACCUGGUGCCCGCGGGCACCGCGUUGGUGACCCCUGACCUACAGUAUGUACUGUGGUGAAUAUCUUCACAGAUAAUCAAUGUCAUGUGUGGGUUUAAAUAGUGUUAUAUAAGCAUGAUCAAUAUAGCUUUGUUUGUAUUUUUGUUCAAUAAGACAUAGUGGGAAAUAUUAAUGUCUUCACAUAGGCCUUUGUCGUUUUUCCAUGGCUCUAAGUCACUUUUAGACAUCUUAGUCUCCUCAAUAUUUUUACAUUGAUGAUACAUUAUGUUGUUUUUCUUGUGACUUUUUGCAUGGUGUUUUCCAGAUUCCGCUUGUCAACAUAAACGUAAUAUGUGUUUGUUUUAAAAUCACAUCGGCAGAACUUCCUGUACUUUGACCAUUUUAACAGAUACAACAAUACAAUAUUGUACGUGCAGAUUAGAGUUGUUUUUUCCUAUGUUGCAUCAUUAUUUUCUUUUUCAUUUCCUAUUUUUCAAUCUCAGCAUUUUUCCCUUUUUGGUCUUGUAUUGUUUCCACCUUAAAAUCAGUGGCCACGAAUAUUUCAUGUAUUAUCCAUUUUUCUUAUAUGAUGCUUUUAUUCCCUGUACAUGUACCUCUAUUAAAUGAAAUAAAAUGAUUUAACU